AUGGGCAGCAAGGGCGGCAGCACGGCCGCCGAGCUGCGGCUCAAGUUCCUGUUCGCCAACCAGGACGGCGUGCGCGUGGAGAUGGGCUUCCCCAGGGCGACGACCGUGGCGCAGGUCAAGGAGCAGCUCAUGCGCAGCUGGCCGCAGAACGUGCCGCCGGCCGAGGACGCCAAGUCCGUCCGGCUGAUCUGCAUGGGGCGCGGCAUCCUGCAGGACUCGCACACGCUCGAGUCGGCGGUCCCGGCCUUCGACACGCACCCGACGCCCGUGAACGUCUCGGUCUACCGCAAGUCACAGACGGCAGUGCGGGAAGCAACAGGGGGUCACGCUGCUGCGAAGACGGUGGAGUCGGCGGGUUGCGGCUGCGUCAUCUGCUAG